AUGGAGAAAUCCAAAACCGAAACUAAUCAUUUUCCAGGAUCUUUGCCGCCUGAUAUUAUACAGUCUACAUUACCAUUUUUAGAUCGAGAAGACAUUGAGAAUCUAUCCCUAACAAACAAGUAUUAUCAUAAGUUACUGAACUUCAAUGAAUCCCAAACACUAUGGCAUGAAUUAUUCCAUAAGGCAUACGGGACAUUAUAUACGAAUGAUGAACCAUUUCGCACUAAAAAUUCUGAGAAAUUUAAAACUUGCUCGGAAGCUAUCAUGCUAAAUGCAUUUCCAAAUGUGAGCUGGAAUGAACUCUUCAAAUUACGUUCUAAAGACGCUAAACUUUAUACUUGGGGGUGUCUCAAGCAUGCCAGGUUGGGAUAUACAGCUGUCUCGAACCCAGCAGUGACUGAGGAUGAUUUAAAUGGAACAUCAACGAGGUUUAAAUUCGGAGUUAACAAGCCUAUAGAGGUCCCAUGGUUUUCUAAUGGUGAAAAUUCUGAAUUAGUUACCACAACCGCUGAUGAUGAUAGUAGCGACUCUAUUGUCCAAAUAUCCGGUGGCGGGUAUUCUUUCCAAAUACUGACGAGGUCAGGUAAAUUAUAUUCUACGGGGCCAACGUAUUCAGGGAGUCAUCGAGGACCGGGACCUGAGAAUAAUGAAGAAGAUUUUAACCCAUUUAGAGAAGCUAUCCAAAGUGUAGAGCAUUCUUGGCCUCGAGUAAAUAUCACGAGAGGACCUACGACUUCCAUCAACACUACCGGUACCUUCCAUCCUCCAACCCCUCACCAUUAUGGACCUACACCUACCCCAACACAGCAAACAAAUCAUUCUCCCAUAGGAAGACAAGAUGAAGUGAUAGAAACUAUUGGCCCACAUCGUAAUAUAUACGAUGAAUUACAAACUAUGGAAAAUUUCGCAACAGAAUUAGUGCCAGGUAAUAAACAUAUCCGAAGGAUGUUUACCAGACAUUCUUUCCCAGUUUAUAGUAAUAACCCACCAUCGUUUAAGAUUGAUAAGGAAGUCUUGGGUUCAAUUAAAUUUAUUGGUAUUACAUCAGGUAGAAGUCAUUUUUUGGCCCUAGAUACUGAAAAUGAGUUAUAUAGUUGGGAUAACCCAUCAACGGAACAUGGUGUAAAAGUUAUAUUUGAUGGGUUACCUUCCAAGGAAACUAAUCCUAUUUUGAAAAUAGCAUGUGGCUGGGAUUUUAAUUGUGUUUUCAUUUAUGAUGUUGGGUUGGUUGUAUGGAAAAGUAGAAAAGCUUUAAAACGAGGAGAAUUAUACUCUAAGGCCAAUUAUUUUAUCAUUCCAAACACAAGUUCCAUCAGCGGUGAUGAUAAAGUCAUUGAUUUUACCUGUACUGAGGAUAGCCAUGUAUUUUAUAUUGACUAUAAAGGGGAUACUUUGUAUGAAUAUAAGAAACUGGGCAUUGUUAACAAGGUCACUUUACCAACGGAUAAAGUGAAGGGAAAAUUGGUGAAGGUCAUUAGCUGUUUGUCAAAAUUAGUUGUCUUUACAGAUCAAAACCUUUGUUAUUCAAUGCAUGUACAAGACGGUUCCUGUGAAAUGAAUUCACUAACAGAAUUGGCACUUGAGGAUCCAGAAGAUCGAAUUUUAUCAUUAUCUGGUGGGGACUACCAUAUACUUGCAGUUACUGAACAAGGCAAGUUAUAUGUAUGGGGUGUUGAAAGUCAAUAUUCUGGUUGUCUAGGAUUGGGUAGACCUCAGCAUAUUGUUAAUGAUCUCCACAUUGGUACCUGGAAUGGAGAAAGAAAUGUGAAAGUAUUAAAACCAACGAAAAUUGAACUUGAGAAAGAUUAUAUUUGCGUUGGCGUAGCGGCUGGUGGUUGGCAAUCUGCCGCAUUAAUAAUUAAGAGAGAUUCAUAA